CAAGCGCGGCAAAGCAUUCAGUAUUUGAAAAUACAAGCAAGCGAAGAGAAGAGAAGAGGUUAAGUGCGGUAAUACUACCGAACAAAGUUUACGCAAAACAAAUAAUAAUACAAGUGUUUAUUGUUCAAGUGAAUACAGAAGAAAUAUAAUUAAGAAAAAUGCCAGCUAUUGGAAUUGAUCUUGGUACAACCUACUCGUGUGUUGGAGUGUGGCAGCACGGGAAUGUGGAAAUCAUCGCAAAUGACCAAGGCAACCGAACUACUCCGUCAUACGUCGCGUUCACAGACACCGAACGGUUGAUUGGAGAUGCAGCUAAAAACCAAGUCGCCCUCAACCCCAACAACACAGUAUUUGACGCCAAACGACUCAUCGGCCGCAAGUUUGACGACCCGAAGAUCCAACAGGACAUGCAGCAUUGGCCCUUCAAAGUCAUAAAUGACUGCGGCAAGCCCAAGAUACAAGUUAACUUUAAGGGAGAAACUAAGAAGUUCGCGCCGGAGGAAAUCAGCAGCAUGGUGUUAACAAAGAUGAAGGAGACUGCAGAGGCUUACCUCGGAACCUCAGUGCGAGAUGCUGUCAUCACAGUUCCGGCAUACUUCAACGACUCACAACGACAAGCCACUAAGGAUGCCGGUGCCAUUGCUGGUCUUAACGUGCUAAGGAUCAUCAAUGAGCCAACAGCUGCCGCCCUCGCCUACGGUCUCGACAAAAAUCUCAAAGGCGAACGAAAUGUGCUAAUAUUUGAUCUUGGUGGCGGCACGUUUGAUGUGUCCAUUCUAACCAUCGAUGAAGGCUCUCUAUUUGAGGUACGGGCGACUGCCGGUGACACACACCUUGGCGGUGAAGACUUCGACAACCGGCUAGUGAACUUCCUAGCCGAUGAGUUCAAACGCAAAUACAAGAAAGAUAUGCGAAACAACUCACGCGCUCUCCGCAGGCUUCGUACGGCGGCAGAACGCGCGAAACGCACGUUAUCUUCCAGCACAGAAGCAACCAUUGAAAUUGAUGCACUACACGAAGGCAUUGAUUUCUACACUAGAGUGUCGCGUGCACGAUUUGAAGAACUAAAUGCUGAUCUGUUCCGAGGCACUCUUGAACCCGUUGAAAAGGCGCUUAAGGAUGCUAAACUAGACAAGAGUUCCAUCCAUGACGUUGUACUGGUCGGCGGCUCUACUCGCAUCCCCAAGAUCCAGAGCAUGUUGCAGAACUUCUUCUGUGGCAAGCAGCUGAACCUGUCCAUCAAUCCAGACGAAGCCGUGGCAUAUGGUGCCGCAGUGCAGGCAGCUAUACUCAGCGGCGAGCAGCACUCUAAGAUCCAGGACGUGCUGUUGGUAGACGUCGCUCCUCUAUCACUCGGUAUAGAGACAGCCGGUGGUGUCAUGACCAAAAUCAUCGAGCGCAACGCUAAGAUUCCUUGCAAACAAUCGCAGACGUUCACCACAUACUCAGACAACCAACCAGCUGUGACCAUCCAAGUAUAUGAAGGUGAACGAGCCAUGACGAAGGACAACAACUUGCUGGGUCGCUUUGACUUGACGGGCAUUCCGCCUGCACCUCGAGGAGUGCCUAAGAUUGACGUCACCUUCGAUCUAGACGCGAACGGAAUCCUGAACGUAUCAGCCAAAGAAAACAGCACCGGGCGCAGCAAGAACAUUGUGAUCAAGAACGACAAGGGUCGUUUGUCGCAGGCUGAGAUUGACAGAAUGUUAUCUGAAGCCGAGCGAUACAAGGAAGAGGACGAGCGCCAGCGACAGAGGGUGUCUGCUCGCAACCAGCUGGAGUCAUACAUCUUCAGCGUGAAACAAGCGCUGGACGAUGCUGGCGACAAGUUGAGUGAGCAAGACAAGCAGACGGCGCGGAACGAGUGUGACGAGGCACUGAAGUGGCUGGACAACAACACACUUGCUGAGAAGGAGGAGUACGAGCACAGAAUGAAGGAGCUCCAGAGAACGUGCUCGCCUAUCAUGAGCAAAAUGCACGGCGCGGGAGCUGGACCCCAACAAUACGGACAGCAACAAGCGAACUCGGGGCCCACAGUAGAAGAAGUAGACUAAAUUCCUAAAUUAGUAAAACAUUCUGAUCUCUAGUCCCACCAGUAUCUCAAUUGUAAAUAAUAGCUUUUAAGUUAAUUUAAGUAUUUAUUUAAUGUAUGUUAAGAAAAAAAAAACACAAUCAUGUGCUGGAAAAAUAAAUAAAACAAAUUCAAAUGAAA